AUGAAUCUUAUAUCGUUUUGUCUAUUUGCAACUGUUUGUGGUUAUACAAUUGCUAUACCAGUCAAUAAAACUGUAGAUGAAAAAACAAAACAAAAAGCAACAGAAAUUGCUGAACAUCUUCUAAAAGAAUUGGAACAUGAAAAACAAAGUGAAGGAUCAUUACAACAAUAUCCAUUAUAUUAUGAGAUAAAUGAUGAGCAAUCAAAAGCAAAAGAACAAAGAAAAAAUGAUGAUAACAAAUUGGAUAAUGAUAGUGGUGAUGAUGAUGAUAAGACAAAAAAGAAUCAAUUGAUAAAUAAUAGACAACAACACGUGUCAAAUGAAGUUUUAAUUAACGGUGAUGAUGGUGAUAACGACAACGAUGAUGAUACGGUAGUGAUGCCUUAUAUAGAUCCACACUGGGCAAGAGAACAACUGGCAGAAUAUUAUAGAUAUUAUGAACCAUUAGACGAUGAUGAAGAUGACUUUUAUUCAGUUAAAUCACAAGUUGAUCCAAGUGAAUUAAAAAUGUAUGCCAAACAAGUUUUGGAUUAUUUGAAAGAACAACACAAAUAUGAAGAACAGGAAGCAAAUUCGAGACAAACACCAUCUUCAGUCAACCGUGAAUCAUUAGUAUCAUCGUCAAACAGUAUCAUGGAUGACAGUGUAAUGCAAGCAGAUGUUAACGAUGAUAAUCACAAGAAAAUGGCUGCUUCAAUUCGACGACGAAGAUCAUUAAGAUAUUAG